AUGCUAAAGAAAGGGAAGAGUUUUGCAGCAGUGGCUCGUCACUACGGCAUCAACGAGAGUACCGUGCGUUACAUAAAAAAGAAGGAGCAAGAGAUCAGGAAGACCGUGUCUAUCAGCUUCCAAAGCAGUGCGAAGGUCGUGUCUACAGUCAGGGAUAAGGCCAUCGUCAGGAUGGAGUCAGCCUUGGCCUUAUGGAUCUCCGACUGUGGAGCCGAAGAAGUGAGCAUCGAAGAGGAAGAGACAGAAGAAGAGGCAGGACCAUCAUCGUCAUCAUCAUCGUCACCAUCUAAGGGUUUCCUGGCUAGCAAGGGGUGGUUCUACCGGUUUCAAGAACGGUAUGGACUGACAAGUGCCAUCCUUCACGGGGAGAAGGCAUCCACAGACAGCGAAGAGGCUGCAAAAUACCCUGAGAAGUGGAGGAAGAUCAUCAGGGAUGGAGGCUACCGCCCAGAGCAGGUUUUCAAUAUGGAUGAAACUGGGCUGUACUGGAAGAAGAUGCCCUCCCGGACGUACAUCAUGAAGGAAGAAGCCCGUGCCCCUGGCUUUAAGGUGCAGAAAGACAGGAUCACACUCCUCAUGUGUGGCAAUGCUGCUGGUCACAUGUUGAAGCCUGACCUGAUCUACAAGUCAGCAAACCCGCGAGCGUUGAAGAACAAAAAUAAAAACGCUCUGCCUGUGUACUGGAUGCACAACAAGAAGGCAUGGGUGAUGAAAGUGCUGACGUCCAAUUGGUUCAUGCAGAGUUUCAUUCCUCAAGUGAAGGAGUACCUGAACGAUCUAGGCUUGGAAUUCAAAGUUCUUCUUCUCCUUGAUAAUGCCGGGGGGCAUCCUGCUGACUUGUGCUAUGAUGGUGUCAAGAUCAAGUUCCUCCCUCCCAACACAACUUCACUCCUUCAGCCGAUGGACCAGGGCGUGAUCCAAGCCUUUAAGGCUCUUUACACCCGUAACACCCUCCAGCAUCUUGUUAGUGAGAUGGAUGCUAACAGUGACUUCACCCUUAAGGACUACUGGAAGAAGCUCACCAUCGCCACCUGCCUCACCAUCAUUGGUCAAGCCCUUAAGGAUAUGAAGAAACAGACCCUUAACUCCUGCUGGAAGAAGUUGUGGCCAGAGGUUGUCAACGAUUAUGAGGGCUUCUCUCCUUCUGAAAUUCAGCACUCGGCCAUUAAUAGGGCUGUCAUCUUGGCACAGCACUUGGGAGGAGAAGGCUUCGAUGACCUCACUGAGGAAGAAGUCAGGACCCUGAUCGAUGCCCACUGUGACCCCCUGACAGACCAGGAUUUGGAGGAGCUGACCAAAUCAGCCAGUGAAGAUGAAGUUGGCGAUGAAGACGAGCCAGAGGAUGAGGGUCUGUUUCUGGACCGCUUGUCGCAGAUCCUUCGGCACGUGAGGGAAGUGAAGGACAUGUUGAUGUCAUGGGACCCUUAUAUGGAUCGCUACAUCAAGUGUGGCAAUACAAUUGAUUCUGCCAUCGAACCAUAUAAGCAGCUCUUCAACACCCUAAAGAAACACCAACAGCAGCUUCCCAUCACCAUGUUCUUCAACCCCAUAAAGAAAACCCCUGAAAAGCCUCCUGAAGACCCCAAAGAGAGGAGGAGGCCCCUGAGUAGAUCCCUAAUCUGCAGUGUCUUCUAUGAGGACCUCCAAGCCACCCGAAUUCAUCUGGAAUUCCCUCCAGUGGCCGACUCAGCCGAGGAGGCCGUCGCUUCAGAGCUCUCCCUAGUGGCUGAUGUAGAGACAGCAGAGGAGGCUGUUGUUCCUGAGCCCCUCUUGGAGGCUGUCUCCUCUGAGCUGGUUUCUCAGCCAGAACCAGCACCUGAAUUAAUGCCUGAACCCGAGCCAGCAUCUAUUCCUGUGCCAUUGCCAGACAUUGGAAUGACCUCAGCCGGCCUUGAAGAGGUCUCCAUCAUCCCGUUGCCAGGUCCUAACCAGGACCAAAGCAGUGCACUGACAGAGUUUGAGCCUGUACCUGAGCCAAGUCCAGAACUCAAGUCAUCCACAAAGCCCAAGUCCUCUCCUGAGCCCGAAUACAACCUGGAGCCUAAGUCGAAGCUCGCUUCCUGCUCUGAGCCCAAGCCAGUUCCCGAGCUCCUAUCGAAGUCUUCUCCAGAGCUUGAGCAAGAGUCCAGUCCAGAGCUUGGGCCAUCUCCAGAGUAA